UCUUUCUCUCACACACACACACACCACAGUGAUCUAUUUGCAGAGCGAGCUACCGCAAAGCUCGGUGCUCCGUGAUUGUGUUAAACGGAAGGGUUUGUUUCACGCUCUCAACCCGUUAAGCUCGAACAAUGCUCAAACAAGUUCACGGCGGUGUGUAAUCUACACCGGACGUUAACGACGACGGGUAAACGGUAACAACGAUAAUCUUAUGAUCGCAGGGCAACAAGAUUAACGCAUUACACACCGCCUCGAGGAAUUCCGAAAAACCGAGACGGUUAUUUGAAGAAUGUGAGGACAUCUCGACGUGUUUGACGGGAAAAGCACUGACACUCCGCGCGCUCCUACCCAGACUCUCAUGAAACCACAGACACCUUCCACGACCAAGAAUCGUGCUUGUGGGCGUUUACCGUGAGAAGAAAGGGGAGAGUUGUCUGUCAGCGUUGUGAGUAGCGGGGAUGGCGGCCGUGGUGAACUACUCUCCGCCGUGGUGGGUCAGCUUGCUGCACCGACUACCGCACUUCAACCUGCAGCUGGAGACGGUUAGCAGUGACUUCAGACCCGAGGACUCCGAGUACCAGAAGUCGGUGCUGUUGCUAGGCGUCGUGGCCUUGCUGUGUCUGGCCUUGGACCUCCUGUUCCUCCUCUUCUAUUCCUUCUGGCUGUGCUGUCGUACACGCAAGAACCACGACACACACACACACGCUCACACACAGCAGCCUGGCCCUGACUGCUGCUGCACCGCCUGGUGUGUGAUCAUAGCCACACUGGUUUGCAGCGCUGGCAUCGCUGUGGGUUUCUACGGCAACGGAGAAUCGUGCGAUGGGGCCAAUCGUUUGGCUUACUCCCUUCGUCAUGCCAACCGCACUGUGGCAGGGGUGGACAAGCUGGUGUCCGAGAGCGCGCUGGCGUUGAAUGAGACGGUGGAGGCAGGGCUCGUGCAGCUGGAGUUGUCCUAUCAGGAACAGGCAGACUACGUCUCAUUGGUCCAGAAGCUGCAGGGUCAGCUGGAUGAGCUGCUGAGGCUGCUAUUGGCUGUUCCAUUCUGGUCCAACACCCAGGUCUCCCUGGAGACGCUGGCCCGCUCCACCGAGGCCUUCGACUGGUACAGGUGGCUGGCAUACCUGACUCUGCUGCUGUUUGAUGUCCUCAUCUGUCUGUUGGUGCUCUUCGGGCUCAUACGCAACUCUAAAGGCACUCUGAUCGGGGUGUGUCUGCUGGGAGUGUUGACCCUGACGAUCAGCUGGCUCUCUCUGGGGCUGGAGCUGACCACUGCUGCGAUGGCGAGUGAUUUCUGCAUUUCCCCAGAUACCUAUAUCACCAGGGCAACCAAGGAACAUGCUGUCAUCGACCAAGAUAUUUUGCAGUACUACCUACAGUGCAGCUCUGGUCAGGUCAACCCCUUCCAGCAGAGGCUGUCAGGAAGCCACAAGUCGUUGGUGGAGAUGCAAGAUGAUGUGUCAGAACUUCUCAGAUCAGCUACCAGAGAAUACCCCAGCACCAAGGGUCACCUCCAGCAGAUUCAGACAGUGUUGAACUCCACAGAGGUGGGUCUCCACCAGCUGACUGCUCUGCUAGACUGUCGCAGCCUUCACAUGGACUAUGUCCAGGCUCUGACAGGCCUGUGUUAUGACGGGCUAGAGGGGGUGAUCUACCUGGUCCUCUUCUCCUUCGUCACCGCCCUCAUGUUCUCCUCAAUCAUCUGCAGCGUGCCACACACCUGGCCCAGCAAGAGGAUGGAUGAGGAGGAUGGAGAGGAGGAGUCUGGCGCUUCGCGUGGUCCCCAUGACAACCUGUACCGCGUGCACAUGCCCAGUCUGUACAGCUGUGGUUCGAGCUACGGCAGUGAAGCCAGCCUCCCAGCCACCGCGCACACUGUCAGCAAUGCCCCCGUCACUGAGUACAUGAACCAAAGCGCUAACUUUCAGACCCCGCGCUGCGAGAACACCCCUCUCAUUGGCAGGGAGUCCCCUCCGCCCUCUUACACCUCUAGUAUGAGGGCUAAGUAUCUGGCCACAGGCCGACCGGAGCAGAACCGUCGCUCCGUCCCUAACGACCAGCUGGACCCAGCAACUCGACCACACCCCACUGCCCGGCCCCAGUCCUCUGUACACUAGAAAAAGAACCUGCCGGAAACCUCCAGAACCCACCACAACUUUCCAGAACCCUCCAGAACUUUCGACAACCCUCCAGAACAU